UUACCAACCUCAAACUUUGUUGUUGAAAUUUUUAAAGAGACACACAUUUGUGUUGUGCUUUUGUGUAGUUUGAGGAGCUCCAGCAGUAAACUGGCUCAGCUGACCCUGGAACAGAUGCUGGAACAUCUGGACAGUUUGAGACACAAUCUCAGCAACACCAAGAACAACUUCUUUUCCCAGACGCCAAUAUUACAGGCCCUACAGCAUGUUCAGGCCAGCUGCGAUGAGGCCCACAAAAUGAGAUUCAGUGAUCUUUUCUCAUUAGCUGAGGAGUAUGAGGAUUCCUCCAAACAACAUAAACCUCGACGCAGAGCCCCAGCGUCUUCUCCACGAUCCCGCAAGGGUGCGGCUCCUCAAACCUGCAAUGAUGAGGAGAGCGCGUCCAGCAGCGCUUCGGAGGAAGAGGAUUCCAAACCCAAAGCUCCCAAGAGAAAACGGAAAGGAGUAGGAUCUGACAGCGACUGAGAGGACAAACCCUCGUCUCCACGCCAACCACACCCAGCAUAACCACGCCCCCUCUGCGACUGUGACGUCACUGGAGACUACCUGCCAAUCAUCUGCUCCAGUCACUCAGGGGCAGCCUGCCCAAACACACUCCUCCUGCAGGGGCACAACUCUUUCUCUGGACUCAAAUGCAGUGGAGCCUGGGAGACAAGCCUCUACAAUCUCUAACCACUGGACUCCUUGGCUAUUUCAAGCCUGAAAGUUUGGUUAAGUGUGAGGACGGGCGCAGUGGGGGCGGCUAAGCCUGGAGAACCUACAUCCAGACUGGCAUAGACUGACAGACAUACAAA